GGUUCGUGUUCUCUGAAAAUUCCUGAGUUAGAACUCGAUUUAGGGUUUUGUGGAUGCGUGUGGUUAUUGAAAAACUGAAAGAAAGGGAACAACCAAAUACUAGAAAGAUUUGGGGGUUUUCUGCUUCGUGUUGAUGCCAUGGAUUUUAAUUGGUUUCGAGCUAUUAUUGUCAGAGGAAAAUGAUGAGGCUGCAUUCUUAUGCUGGGCUUAGUUUAAUUGCGACUCUGGCGGUGGUAUACCAUGCAUUUAACAGUAGAGGCCAGUUUUAUCCGGCCAUGGUUUAUUUGUCAACCUCUAAGAUCAGCUUGGUGCUCCUUCUCAACAUGGGCCUGGUCAUUAUGUGUAUCAUGUGGCAGUUGACGAAACAGGUGUUCCUUGGUUCACUCAGAGAAGCAGAGAUUGAGAGGCUAAAUGAGCAGUCAUGGAGGGAGGUCAUGGAAAUCUUAUUUGCCAUCACUAUUUUCCGGCAGGACUUUUCUGUUACAUUUCUUGCUAUGGUCACGGCUCUAUUGCUAAUCAAGGCUUUGCAUUGGUUAGUUCAGAAGAGGGUUGAGUACAUUGAGACUACUCCAUCAGUACCCAUCAUAUCUCAUAUUCGGAUUGUUUCUUUUAUGGGGUUUCUCCUUCUUCUGGAUAGUCUCUUCUUAUACAAUAAUAUAAAGUUUUUGAUGAAGGAAAAGAAGGCGUCAGUUUCAGUCUUCUUUUCAUUUGAGUACAUGAUACUGGCGACAACAACAGUUUCAACAUUUCUAAAAUACGUAUUCUAUGUCAUUGACAUGCUUAUGGAGGGACAGUGGGAAAGGAAGCCUGUCUACACAUUUUACUUGGAAAUUAUCCGAGACUUGCUUCACCUGUCUAUGUACUUGUGCUACUUCCUUGUGAUUUUCAUGAACUAUGGUGUGCCUUUGCACUUAAUACGAGAUCUCUAUGAAACGUUUAGAAAUUUCAGGAUUCGUCUUGUUGAUUUCAUUCGUUAUCGAAAGAUCACUUCAAACAUGAAUGAUCGAUUUCCAGAUGCAACACCAGAAGAACUCAAUGCAAGUGAUGUAACAUGCAUCAUUUGUCGUGAAGAGAUGAUGACGGCCAAGAAACUAAUUUGUGGACAUCUAUUUCAUGUGCAUUGCCUCCGGUCAUGGUUAGAGCGACAGCAUACUUGUCCUACUUGCAGAGCCCUAGUUGUACCACCCGAAAAUGGAACAAAUACAGCUGCAGGGCAUGGAUCUCGGUCAGAUGCUAAUCAGCAAGGGACAGGCACAGGAAGUACGUCUGCUCAGGGUAGUGGGGUGGCAGGUGAUAAUUUGAGCCAGCAUCAAACAAGACUCCAAGCUGCUGCUGCAGCUGCCUCAAUAUAUGAGAAAUCUUAUGUUUAUCCUUCUGCAAAUACGCUAGUAUGGUCCCCUGGAUAUGCUGUACUUCCUCAGGUUCAAAGAACUUCAGCUGAUUCUGCCAACUCUGCUGCCAGGGAAUCCAGUGGAGAAGAAGCUUCCAUUGGACAACAAGAACCACAGUUCACAACCUCUGGCGGACCUGCAAAGUCAUCCUCUCCCCAAUAUCCACACUGUAUAUUUGUUCCUUUUCAGGCACCUGGAACCAAUGUGACUUUUGUAGAGAGGUCUGGCGACAAUCUAAAUAUACCAGACUUGCAGUUGGAAGCUCAGAAACAAUUUCUUAGACAUCAGAUUGUGGUAAUGCAAAAUCAGCUCCAACUUCUGCAGAAGCCAAAAGUUGAGGAAAACACGGACGUUGGUUCAACAACAACAUCAGAUAACAAAGGAAAGAAUGUUGCAACAACAUCAUCUGUCUCAGACUGUGGCCGUCAUGGGGAGAUUGAAGAGGCUGAUGUAUAACCUUCAGAUACAUAUAGAUGUAAUGCAAGUAGACUGCAGAAUGUUGAUACAGGAAAAAUGGAAGAUGCAUUCCAGAGUUGCUUCCGUAAGGGCGGUUGAUGUUACUGUCGAUGUAGGAGGUCCCCUACUUUUUGAGUUUAUUGAUUUUUAGAUCAUGAACAUUGAAUAUCAAAAGAGCAUCCGUUACAAAUGUCUAACUUGCGCCAAAUUUUUUUUGGCUCUGAUGUGAAAAUUGUGCCUGGCCGCUAGUGCGGACAAAUGCAUGUAUCUUGUUCUCUGUCUCUAUCUCUGAUUCGUUGAGUUCUUGUAGGAAAUCGGAUAAGACGUUGCUUUCUUAUAUGCGUCUGGUACAAACUGCAAGCAAGUAGUUGUGUCCAUACCCAGAUCUUAGUAAAUAAUAAUGCUACUUUCCAUCUUGUAUAUUGUAUUGUCAGUCACCUUAAUUGAUGUGAUAGAUUUUGAGGAACA